AUACCAAAAAAAAAAACUAAAAAAAACGUCCAUUUUUUUUUCUUUUUCUUUUUUUUUUUUUUUGUUUCUUUCUCGCUAUCGACACGAACUUUCAAAAUGGUCGCCGUUCAAGUCCUCCUCAUGAAUUACUUCCUCCUUGGCCUCCACACCGACCACCAACUGCCCAAUGACGUCAUCUUGCCAGGUAAGAACCCCAUUCUUACCAAUGACGUCACAGGUACAGACAUAGCCGUGGACGUCAGGUGCCCCUACGGCUGCGAACAGUGUUCGCCCAUCAACGGGUGUCUGGCCUGCAAGCCGCCCUUCUACCUCCUCCUGCGGCGCGACGGCCCCCGGCAGACGGCGACCUGCACGAGGGCGUGUCCCAGGGGCUUCUACAAGAUCAAGAGAAAAAAGAAACGAGGAUUUUGUGCAAAAUGCAUGUUGCGAGGUUGCGAGGAAUGCUCCACCAGACACUACUGCUCCGUCUGCAAGACGGGCAAGUUCCGCCACGCCGGCCGCUGCUACAAGCGCUGCCCCGAGGGCACGCUCAUCAGCCCGCGCUCGCCGGGGCUCUGCCUGCCGGCGCCGCUGCCCGUGCCCGACGUCUACAACGAGAUCGAGGUGACCAACGCCACGACGCCCUCCCCCGCGCCCUCCCCCCCCGGGCCCCCGACCAACGCCACGUCCACCGAGAGGACCACCAAGAGGACGAGGAAGAGGAGGAAGAGGAAGCGCAGGAAGGAGAAGGGCAAGGGAGGACGGCACAGCGGCAGGAGACACAAGUCCAGGAGACACCAGCAGCGAGGGCGGCACCGGAGGGGAAGGGCGAGAGAGCGGAGACGGAAAAAAGAGGAGGAGGCGAAGGAGGGACUAAGGACGACGAUGGCGAACGCGACCGAAGCGCCGGCGAGUCAGUGAGCGAAGCGCGCGUGGGUCGUCCGCUUCUUCGAGAGGUUCUUCGUCUGUCUCGCCCGCUUGUGAGAAGAGGGGUUCUCUUUAAUCUCGCUUCAGACAGUGCUCGUGAGGCAAAGGUACUCGAGAAAAAAAGGUAUCUAAACUUUAUCCCGUUCAGUCGGUGCUCGUGAUGAAAAGAAAAAGAAAAGUGAACGAGAGAAGGUACCAAUCUUAUCUCGUUCAGUUAGUGCUCGUGAGAACAAAAAAAGGUACCCGAAAAAACACCUUUAUCUCUUUUCAGCCAGCACUCACGAGAAAUGUAUCCCUUAGAGAAAGUACCUAUUUCAUCUCGCCCACUUGGUACGCGUUACCAGUCAACACGACACGGACGUCUCUCCUCAAUACCUAGGUGCUGGUAACAGGUGUUCUGCCUUUGCGCUAACGGUGAUGUGCAAAACGAGUGCUCUCUUUACAUACGACGUGCGUUAAUUGCCUCCAGGCUAACCCGACGUCCUGACUGGCUGCAGUAAACGAGGCAGAUUCGUGGCUUCUAACCGGAGUGCCGAGGAAAUGUGUUCGUGGGAAAUCAACAUAAAGGAAACUUUGACAAACAGAAAAAAAACGCUUGAUAUUUUUCCUCUGAGAACUUACAGAAAACCACGACAAAAAAUAAAGGAAAAAAUCUUAGAUAACGGAAAAAAUAGUAAGAAAUAAAACAAGAACAUUGAUAGUCCUCCACUAAAAAUAAAAAAUAAAAAUCUUAGAAGUCACACACUUACCUUGCCUGCUCUCGCCAACUCUCUCCCUCUGUGUCGCGUGCACCACAAAGCUCUCGCUAAUUUAUUACAUCACAACGUUCCUAAGUGUUUGGUAAGAUUAACCCCUUUGUAACUGCUCUCUUCCCCUCUCUUUCUCUCUCUUUCUUAUGUCUUCUCUCUCUCUCUUCUCUUUCUUACUCUCUCUCUCUCUUUCUCUCUUUCUCCUUCGCU